CGUUCGAAACAGAAUCGAGAUCACCAAACCCUAGCUAUCUAGUAGCAUCUUUGUCCCCGCCAACGGGACCCGCAUCGCCGUGCGUGUUCCUCCCCGCCAGCACCACCCAUGGAGGAGGAGCAUCCACCAAGAAUCAUCGGUAACGGCAUGGUGUCUCGUAGCAUCUUUGUCCCCGCCAACGGGACCCGGCCCGGCCACUUUAUUCCGCGCGGCUCCACGCCAGGCACCCGCCGGUUCCGCCGUCAGCCGCCGGCGCCGCCACGCAACACCGGCGCCUCUUCAUCGUGUGAGGAGAAGGAGCAUCUGCCUGAUCCAUCAUCAGGAGUGCACAACAUUGCACCACAAAUGCUGCUUGGACAUGAUGUCUUGUUCUCUAACCCGAUGCUCAGCAACGAGAUGACACCAUCUGGGUUUUCGGCCUUCACUGCUGCUUACGCCCCCCCAUAUUGGUGCACUCAGCAGCAGAAACCAUGGUCCUGCCUUUCUACGUCUGUUGAUGCACCUUCUUGGUACCUCAUAAGCCACCAGGGCGCCGCCUUUGCCCUUCUCUUGGGCCACCUCUCUUGCACUGGAAACAGCUUUACUGGGGAAUUGACUUUUACAUUAGGAUCGAUCAUGCGGGAUGUUACCACACGUAUCCUCAUGUGGGCGGGCCAUUUAAAACACAAGAUGAAGCUGCGGAAGCCAUCAGGCGCUACCUCCAUGACCGCCAGGAUCCAAAAAUGUUUACAGAGGAUAAUGUUUCUCCAGUGGACAUCGGCUGUACGACAAUGUCUUUACUGGCCUGACGGCACAAGGAAGAGACGUUUGAGAUCAGAACCAGUUGAUGAAAUCCGUGAUAGGCAGCGCCAGUUGGUUCUUGCUUUGGUGGACAAGUACAAUGAGGAUAACCAUCUUUCGGGGGAUCUUGCAUAUGCUCUCAAAGAUGUGGUGUACUACCAAUCAAUUUUUGAGGGUGAUUUCCAGAAUUGUUACCAUCAUAUCAAUUUCACUGCAAAGCCUGAAGGGGCAGUUUGUUACAAUCUCUUUUUUGCUGAAGUCAUAUUUAUGAAAGGACAAUCUGAAGAAUUACCUGUCAGCUGUUUAUGCAGUCUUAAACCUACUGAUAAUGGUAACUGCUUUGGUUGUAAAAACAAUGGAAAUGCUGAUAUGAAGCACCCCAAUGAUGUUGGUUACGCUGGUGGCCAUGUGAUGAAAAGAUUUUGUCCAUUUAGUGGACCUAGGAUACCGGCUGGAUUUUUUGACGAUCACAACUUGCAAGCUGAGGAGGCUAAUUUAAGAAGAGGUCUUAAGGUUUUCAUUUGAACUCCUCAACUGGUUCACCAUAUCUGCAGAUUUCAAGACUCGCAUGGUCAUACCUUGUAAAUAUGGGGACCACUUCACUCGUUAUUGAAGGGGCGAGAUGAAAUUGGAAAUGGAACCACUUCAUGAAUGGUUUGAUAGACACAUGACCCGUCUAUCAGAUUUUGAACAUAAAAGAGUAUUUCAUGCAGUUCAGCAGUGCACACAUGUGCUAUAGUUCGGUGCGUUCUCAUUUGUUUGGGGUGAAAACCCAAAUUAGGUGCAGAUCUGAAAAUUCCAAUCCACAGCUGUGGGACCUCCGCAACCAGUAAUUUUUGCCCGCGUCAAAGAAGAAUGAGGUCUAUAGGCGUGAACGUUCUUAACUUCCAUCGGUAAACGAGUGAACUUUCAUUUUAUAGACUGAAAUUCCUGACAGUCUCUGAACCUCCGUCACCUGUAAUUUUUGCCCGCGCCGGAGAAAAAGGAUGUCUCCGGGCGUGAAUGUACUGAACUUCCCUAAAUACACGAGUGAACUUCCUUUUA